AUGGAAAAUAUGCCAAUUCUUGUUAAAAAAAAUGAUAUGAAUAAGUUAAAUUCCUAUAAAGAAGAAAGAAAAUAUAAUGAAAAUAUGCAAAUUAAUGAUACUAAUCACACAAACGAUUUAUUUUACCCUUUUUAUCAAAAAUUUAAUGAAAUUUUUGAAUUCAUAAAAGAUACUAAAGAAAAUAAAAAUGAUUUAGAAGAUGAAAUUGAUGAAAAUUUAAUAAAAACGUUAUAUAAUUUAUGUCUAGAUUUUUUAAAUUAUAUUAAAAAUAUAAAUGAUUUUGGAAAUUUGAAUUUAAACGAAAGUGAUCAAGAAUUAAUAAUUGAAUCAUAUGAAAAAUUUGUUCGUCAAUGUAAGGAAUAUAGUGAUAAGCCUAGAGUAAAACAAUUAGAAAAUGAAAUUUCUAAUUUGUUAGAUUUAUUAUUUAAUAAUACAUCAGAAGCUGUAAAUACUUUAUUUUCCGCUGAUUCUUUUCUCAUUGAUCAUGUAGAGAAUUUAAAAUUAAAAUUGAAUGAAAGAAAUCAAAAAAUUAAGUUUGAAGAAGAAAGAUUAAAAAAAUUAGAAUUAGAAGAAAAAGUGGAAAAAUUUGAUAAAGCAUUUGAAGAAAAUAAAAAAAAAAAUAAUGAGAUGGAUGAAACUAUAAGUAAAAUUAAAAAGGAAAUCAAUAAGUUAAAUGAAAAAAUAGAAAAAUACGACAAUUACAUGAAAAGGAAAAGAAAAGAAAUAGACAUAGAUUUUUCUGACGCACUAGAUUGCAAAGAAAGAAUUAAAAUAUUGGAGGAAAAUAUAAAAACUGUAGAAAGGAAUAUGAAAACUACCCAAUUAUCACCAUUAAAAAUAAUAGAAAAAACACCAUAUUAUAUAAUUUUUGAAUUUAUGACACCACGAAAUAUAAUGCAAUUCAAAGUAAAUAAUUAUGAAUCGGAAAAUGUUCAAGUAGAAAUAAAUCCUUAUGACCAAAAUAUUUUAUCAUACAUAAACGAAAAUAUAAAAAAAUGUAAAGAUAUUUCAGAAAUAACAUAUUUAAUAAAAGAGGCCAUUUACUUAAAUUUUCUAGACAUCUGA